GAGUGUGGAAAGAGAUUCAGUUGUAGUGGCAGUCUUCAAUGUCAUCAGCGAACCCACACAAGGGAGAAACCUUUUGAAUGCUCAGAGUGUGGAAAGAGAUUCAGUUGGAGUGGCCAUCUUCAAAGUCAUCAGAGAACCCAUACAGGGGAAAAAACCUUUGAGUGCUCAGAGUGUGGAAAGAAAUUCAGUACAAGUGGCAGUCUUCAACGUCAUCAGAGAACCCACACAGGGGAGAAACCUUUUGAAUGCUCAAAGUUUGGAAAGAGAUUCAGUCGGAGUGGCUAUCUUCAAUAUCAUCAGAGAACCCACACAGGGGAGAAACCUUUUGAAUGCUCAGAGUGUGGAAAGAGAUUCAGUCGGAGUGGCUAUCUUCAGCAUCAUCAGAGAACCCACACAGGGGAGAAACCUUUUGAAUGCUCAGAGUGUGGGAAGAGAUUCAGUCGAAGUGGCUAUCUUCAAUAUCAUCAGAGAACCCACACAGGGGAGAAACCUUUUGAAUGCUCAGAGUGUGGAAAGAGAUUCAGUGAGAGUAACACUCUUCAACAGCACCAAAGAACCCACACAGCGGAGAAACCUUUUGAAUGCUCAGAGUGUGGAAAGAGAUUCAGUCGGAGUAGCACUCUUCAACAGCACCAAAGAACCCACACAGGAGAGAAACCGUUUGCAUGCUCAGAGUGUGGAAAGAGAUUCAGUUGGAAUUGCAAUCUUCAAGAUCAUCAGAGAACCCACACAGGGGAGAAACCUUUUGAAUGCUCAGAGUGUGGAAAGAAAUUCAGUCAGAGGGGCAAUCUUCAACGUCAUCAGAGAACCCACACAGGGGAGAAACCUUUUGAGUGCUCAGAGUGUGGAAAGAGAUACAGUGAGAGGAGGAAUCUUCAGCAGCAUCAGAGAACACACAGGGGGGAGAAUCUUUAG